AGAAACCAAGAUGAGGCUCCACAUGGUUCUCUCCCUGACCAUGGCACUCUGCAUGGCGGUUCUGUUCCCCGGUGGCCUUGGCCUUUGCAACCACCACCACUGCAUCAUAGCCGGGAGGGAAGACUUUCCUGAAAACCUGGUGCGGCUGCCUCUUGUCACUGAGAGCACGACUGCCGAAUGGAGCAGCAGCAUUGGUCUCCGCAGCCGCCAUGGCAGGGUGCGAGUCAGGACAGCCGUCAUUCCUGAGGGCCAGAAGCAACCACCCGUCGUUGCAGAGGGCAUGGCUGCUGAAUGGAGCAGGAGCAUUGGUCGUCGCAGCCCCCAGAGCCGGGUCCGGGUCAGGAUGGCUGUCAUUCCUGAAAGCAAGAAGCAACCACCCAUUGUUGCAGAGAGCAUGGCUGCCGAAUGGAGCAGCAGCACUGGUCUUCGUAGCCCCCAGAGCUGGGUCCGGGUCAGGGCAGGCGUCAUUCCUGAGGGCCUGAAGAUCAUGGCCUCUCACCUGCCCUUCCCUCUGGGCCAGCAGGGGCAGAUGACCUGGCUGCUUUGCCACCCCUGGAUAACCGUGUGGCUGCUCUCUAUGGCUGGGACUGCCCUUGGCCUCUGGAGAAAUGUGAGGAGACACAAGGGACAGGGAAGGAGACAGACGGCCUCGUCUUUCAUGGCAACAGGCUACUGGAAAAAGAGAAGCUUGAGAUAUUACAGAUUGCUCUGCCGGCUGAAGACCGCCAAUGGAGUGAUGCUCAGGUGCCUGCGGCGUGUCUCCGACCAACGCCAGAAAGUGAUUGAGUACAAGCACUUGAAGGAGAAGGCACGAGUAAACGAUAAGAAGCGGAGCGCCUGCCCUAGCUCCCCAUGCAACUCCAGCCAGCAUGUGUCCCCAGCCGAUUGACAACAUUAAAGGCAGUGGUA